GUGUGGUCUCGACACUCUCGACUUCACCGGGCCUUUGGCGAUCUCUGUCUAUUAAUCUGUGGCUAGACACGCACACCUGUCGGCGCGUAGUCAACACCUGCGUAUCCGCUACAGUCCGGAGUGACCGGAGUCUCUAGAUCCAGCCAGGCCGGAUCAGCGAUGAGAUAGCUGUACGAUUGGACGAUAAGGUUUUUCUUUCCGAUUGAUUGUCUCGUUCGAUUCUGAGAUUAGCGUGAAAAAUUCAGUCGCGGUGUAAUACAACAAAAUACCGUCAUGUGGGGGAGAGAGAGAAAACAUAACCUAAAACGAUGAAAACUGUAUGAAGCAACAAGUUUGACGCUUUAUAACCGUUUCCGGGAGGAAGGUUAACUGUUGCAUUACAAGAUUCAUUGCAUUCUUCGACCAAAGGGGUAAAUAAGAUAAGAGAAGAAUCUGCAGUUCGUUAAUCAUGCAGAAGAAGGCUAGGAAGACGAGGCGCCAGCUCUUAGCAGAGAAGGCAGCGAUGCAGCAGCAGCUGGUAAAUAAAGCCAAUGCUCUGAAAAAUCCUUUGGAGACUCUGCCAAAAUUCCACCAGUACACGACGAAGGACAACGACGCGAUCGAGCUCACGUGCGUUAGAGCGAAAGACGCGUCGCCCGAGUGUUUCUCCUGGAUCAUGGAUAUUAUGAUCCGAAACAUGAAGGACAUGUAUCUACGGUCCAGUUGGAGCUGGGACGAGGCUGAGAAACGGGCGGAACUAACGGAAGAAACCGCGUGGUACCUAAUAGCGUCGCGUAACGGCCACUAUCUCGGCUUCUCGCACUUCCGAUUCGACAUUGACAACGGCGAUGUAGUGUUAUACUGCUACGAAUUACAAUUGGAACCGUCGGUCAGGCGCAAGGGUCUCGGCCGUUUCAUCAUGUCGGCACUGGAAACCAUGGCGUAUCGCAACAAGAUGUUGAAAGUCGUCUUAACCAUUUUCAAGCACAACCCAUCGGCGAUACAAUUUUUCUACGCUCUUGGAUAUAAAUUAGACAAUUCGAAUCCACCAGCCUCGGCGCACUUGGACUACAUAAUCCUGAGUAAACAAAAUUUAUGUGGUUAAAUGGGACACAUCU